AUGGGCUGCACAAAGAAGCCAACUGACACAGGAGGCACCCCGAGACCCGCGGGCCCCGGGGGGGACCACACAAUCAGAUCCUACCUUCACUCCACGGCCCGCGCACGAUCGCCGCAACCGGAAAUGGAGGCCGCAAACCAAGCACCGGACUCCACUCCAUCCACACCGGCCAGGCACUUACCAGCCCAGUCCCUUGCUUUAGAACCACAGAUGCAGCCUGAAGAUGGGUGGAGAGAGAUACUGCCCAACCUCCUCACAAAAGCAGACUUUGAGGCCCUCUCUGAUCGCCUGGGUCGUGUGGUACGUGAGGAGGUGGCCCAACUCCGCGCAGACCUAGCAAAUGUGGAGGCUCGCAUGACCGUGGCGGAGGCGGAGACCAAGGCCCUCCGGACAGACCUGGAGCACACCAAUACGACAGUCACAGGCCAAGAAGCAGACAUGGCCUACCUCACCACAUGGAUAGAUGACCCAGACAACCGCGGCCGCAGGCUGAACCUUCGUGUCCGCGGGGUAAGAGAGGGAGGCCCGUCUGAGAAUAUCCCUGAAGCGCUGAGCAAAUAUUCACACAGGUACUGGGGGGUCAGCACAUACCCAGAAUAG